CGGGGCCGGCGUUUACAAAACGCUUGCGCAUAAAUUCGGCUUCAUGUCGAACCUGGACGACUUUCUUUCCUAUCGCCUGGUCGAAUCUCAACUUGAAAGACAUCCAGGUUUUGAUUGAUGAGUCCACAUCCUGGCAUUUUCUCACGAUGGCAACUCAGACAACGGCAACGACAGUCAGCCAACUCAAGGUCUCUGGCCAGGACCGCCCUUUCUUCACGCUGGAUGAACUCAUCAAGAGGCGUGCACUCGAACUCGAUAAUGCCCCGUUACUUGGGUACCCUAACGAGGGCCUACUAGAUUUCGAAGAGCACAGCGCUCGCGCCGUGGACCGAUAUGUCGACGCCGCUGUGCAGAAACUACAGCAGUUGGGGCUAUCUUGCGUUGACUCCCAGUCCGACAACGUUCCUGUAAUAGGAAUCCUCGCUCACUCUGGUCUGCAUGUCGUCAUCACCAUUAUGGCUCUCAGCAGGUUAGGUUACGCAGUGUUUCUUCUCUCCACAAGACUUCAGAGCCCGGGAAUCGCCCGCCUUUGUGAGUUGGCGGACUGCGGCGCCAUGCUCACCACAUCAACUUUCCACUCUGUCCUAGCCGAAGUCCAGCUGAAACGGAAGCUGGAUAUUUUACCGUUGCUAUCACACUCUGACUACUACGGCAAAGAUGCGCCCGUGUUCUCUAGGGCCUAUGAUCCGGAGCGAGAAUCGAAGAAGAUUGCCGCCAUCAUCCACUCCUCCGGUUCGACAGGCCUUCCAAAGCCUAUCUAUUUAACUCACAAGAGCUGCAUCGGGGCCUUUUCCGUUCAUAUGAACAUGCGAGCCUUCAUCGUUUCCCCCUUAUUCCACAGCCACGGAUUCUAUGAAACCUUUCGCUCGAUAUACUCGAAGAAACCUAUUUACUAUUGCAACUACAGCCUGCCUUUGACGAGGCAAAGCCUUAUCCAGAUGAUCAACUGUGUCAAGCCUGAGAUCUUCCACGUCGUUCCUUACAUCGUAAAGCUACUAGCCGAAACAGACGAGGGCAUCCGCGCUUUGGCAAGCGUGAAGCUCGUUCUCUUCGGGGGUAGCAGCUGUCCAGACGACCUCGGUGACCGGCUGGUCAAUAAUGGGGUCUACCUCGUCGGCAACUACGGAUCAACCGAAGUGGGCAGAUUGAUGAAUUCUGUCCGGCAGCCAGGCGAUAAAGCCUGGAACUACCUUCGUCCCCUUCCCUCCGCGAAGCCCUACGUUUUGAUGGAUGAAAUCUCAUCGGGGAUCUACGAGUGCGUCUGCCUCGACGGCAUCCCUUCAAAGUCGACCUCGAACUCGAACUCCCCGCCAAAUUCAUUCCGCACCCGUGAUCUCUUCGUGAAACAUCCCACACAGCCGGACUGGUGGAAAUACGUCAGCAGGCUCGACGACAGAUUCACACUGAUCAAUGGCGAAAAGGUGCUUCCUAUUCCCAUCGAAGGGCGAAUUCGCCAAGAAGAGAUUGUCAAGGAAGCCAUCGUCUUUGGUGAGCAGAGAAGUUACCCCGGGGCUCUAAUCGUCAAGGCAGAUAAUGCCGCAAACCUAUCUGAUAUGGAGUACAUCGAAGCGAUCUGGCCGGCAGUCGAAGCUGCUAAUGCGAAAGCCGAGUCAUUCUCGCGCAUACCGCGAGAGCUCAUUAUUGUGCUUCCAUCAGAAACACAAUACCCCCGUACUGACAAGGGGACCUUUAUUCGAGUUCCGUUCUAUCAACAAUUCAAUCAGGAUAUACAGAUCGCUUACGAUAGGUAUGAGAAUGAGGAUGAAGGGGGUACGCUGGCCCUGGAGGGUCAAGAGCUGGAAACCUGGCUCUUGCAGCAACUCAGGAUUCAGUUGGGCGUCAACUUACCCUCCAUCGACGCAGACUUCUUCGCUUCUGGCGUAGAUAGCCUUCACUGCAUCCAGAUGUGGAGUCUCAUCAAGAGGGAAAUUGAUUUGGGCGGUCGACAAAGCCAACUGGGUCAGAACGUUCUCUAUGAAACUGGAAACAUCCGAGAGCUCUCCGAGUACCUCGUUGCUUUGAGAGACGGCCAAGCUAAAGCGACCCAAGAUGAGCUACAGAACAUGGAAAGUUUGGUAGCCAAGUACUCCUCCUUCACAGCUCACGUCGCUGGCGCGGCCCCGAGACCUGAGAAGCACCUCGUGUUCCUCACAGGGGUGACAGGUGGCUUAGGAGCUCACCUUCUCGGUCAGCUCGCCGCUCUCCCAACCGUAUCCUCAGUCUGGGCAGCCGUGCGCGGCCCCGACGACGCCGCUGCAUCAUCUCGCAUCGCGACCUCACUUACUUGGCGCGACAUAUCUCUUACUCCCCUCCAGCAAUCCAAAAUCGUGCCGAUUUCAUGCGAUCUAGGCCUCCCAGACUUCGGCCUCGGCCCCGCCCGCCUCGCCGACCUGAAAUCGAGGCUCACAAUUGUAAUCCACAGCGCCUGGGCCGUAAACUUCAACAUCUCUGUACAGAGCUUCGAAGACCAGCAUAUUAAGGCAGUUCAUAACCUGAUCGAAUUGUGCCAGUCCGUCGAGACGCCUAACCCCGCACGUUUCUUCUUCUGCUCGUCAGUGUCCGCGUCGAGUGGGUCACCUAGACCCGGGAAAGUGCCGGAGGGUCCGGUCUCGACGCCGGCGUGGGCUCAGGGAACGGGAUACGCGAGGUCAAAGUGGGUGUCCGAGCAUCUCACGCGAAAUGCGAACCUGAGUGCCGGUGCGCCUGCAAGAGUUCUGAGGAUCGGACAGCUUGUUGGUGACAGUAAGGUCGGCGAGUGGAAUACGACAGAGGGUAUCCCGUUAAUGAUCCGAACGGCUGUUACGCUAGGCUCCCUACCGAAUCUAGACGAGGAAAUGACUUGGUUGCCGGUCGAUCAUGCUGCGACGGCCAUCUUGGAACUCGUCAAUGCCUACACAACCCGGCAGCCCAGCGAGCGCGAUAACGAUCCCGACCUGGUGUACCACAUCCUCAACCCGACGCGCUUCCACUGGACUCAUGAUAUGCUCCCUUCUUUGGCCAAAGCCGGUCUGCAGUUUGAGAGUCUACCGACAGCUCAGUGGAUGGACAAGUUGCGGAAGUCUGAACGGGACCCGAAAAAGAACCCGCCCAUCAAGCUCCUAGACUGGUUCGAGAGUAAGUAUGGACGCACGGCUUCUGCGAAUAAGGGCGUUUUAGCAUACAUGACUGAGAAAACCGAGAACGACAGUCCUACGUUGAGAGGACUGUCGGACGUCACCGACGUAGAAUUUAUCACGACGUUGGUGAAGAGGUUGAAGGCUCGAUGGGCAGCGGAAGAGAUUGAGGAGCCACAAGGGAGGUCCAGACUCAAAUCUUAA